UUGAAUCUUUUCUUAGGUAUGUUCGGUCAAGGACAAAGCAUGAUGUGGACAUGAGGAUCGGCAUACACUCUGGAUCUGUGCUGUGUGGGGUCCUGGGUCUGCGGAAGUGGCAAUUUGAUGUCUGGUCGUGGGAUGUAGACAUUGCGAACAAACUUGAGUCAGGUGGAAUACCUGGGCGAAUCCACAUAUCCAAGGCGACUUUGGAUUGUCUCAAUGGGGAUUACAAAGUGGAGGAAGGACACGGCAAAGAACGCAACGAAUUUUUGAGGAAGCACAACAUCGAGACCUACUUGAUCAAACAGCCCGAGGAAAACCUGCUGACUUUACCCGAAGACAUUGUCAAAGAGUCGAUCCCUUCUUCGGAUAGGAGAAACAGUGGACCCACUUUCACGGAAGGAUCCUGGAGCCCCGAGCUGCCUUUUGAUAACAUCGUGGGAAAGCAGCAUGUAAGUUUAAUGUUCCUCUUUAAUAUCUACCUGCCACCUAGGUUUGACUUGAUUUCCAUAUCCAAGGAAAGGCAUUUCUGCUUAGCCUUUCCGCCAAAUGACAAGAGCUAA